GCUCCGCCCCUUCUGCGCGCAGACGCUUGCGCAGCUGCCCCCGCUCUAGCUGCACUUGAGUGAAUCAGCGCAGCAGGAGGCGGUAGUGUGGCUGGAGUGCUGCUUUCCUGUUAAGUCGACUCGCACCGAAGUUCCGGAGGAUCGGCUGAAGGGGAGACAUGGAGGAGACGGGUGGUGUAAGUGCGUACGGAGCUGCGCUCGCAGGAGGAGACUUCGACUUUUACAAGUUUAUCCGACAGCCUCAGACCAUCGUGCGCUUUCUCAGCUGGAUUUUUUCCAUCGUGGUGUUCGCCUGUAUCACAGGAGAAGGUUAUAUCAACCCCAUCCACCAUCCUGAAGCAAAGUGCGUCUUCAACCAGAACGACUCAGCGUGUCACUAUGCAGUCGGUAUCGGGGUGAUUGCCUUCCUGGCAUGUGUGGCCUUCUUGGUGUUGGAUAUUUACCUCCCUUUUAUGAGCAAUGCACAGGAGAGGAAGAUUACGGUCAUGGCCGACCUGGGAUUCUCAGGGGUGUGGACCUUCCUGUGGUUUGUGUGUUUCUGCCUGUUGGCCAGUCAGUGGAGUCAAACUAAUGAUGACAACGCAAUCCCUAAGGACGCUGCGCGCGCCACCAUCGCCUUCUCGUUCUUCUCCAUUGCCACCUGGGGAAUCCUAACCUACUUCGCACUGGGUCGUUAUCGCCAUGGUGUAAAUAAUCUUGCCAUGCCUACCUACACGGAGACGGCACCGGAUAUUAACACCCCUUAUCCUCCGACCUAUGCCCCCACCUCCUACAACCCCACUACCUACAACCCCACCACUUACACACCCUAUCCCAGCAACGUGCCCGACAUGCAACAGCAGCCUCCCUUCACCCAAACCCUCCCACCGAAGGGAGACGCCGGCUACGAGCCGCCCAGCUUCUGAGACAAAGGGAGGUCCCGCGGACGAGGCGAUGUUCGUCUGUCGGUGGACUGACUGCAGUUGCACUGCACAGCUGCAGAGCUAUAUCAUAUUGAUGUGGUUUUAUGCUGAUUAAGUGCUGUCAGAUUUGAGAAGCUGCGCAGUGCAACUCCACGUUAGAGAAGACGAACACUGCUGUUUACGUCAGUGGGUCUGUGAUCAGGUCUUAGACAUCAGGCUGACUGUUGAGAUUAGUGCUGAUGAUUGGGUAAUCUGACCUUAGACCCCUGUGCAAAGAUGCAACAUUUACCUCAAAUAAACGAAUCCUGCAGGUAGAGAGGUAGAAUGUAUCCAGAGGGUCACAAAAUGUGAAUGUUAUGAAGAAUGCUUAUGACAGCCACAGUGCAAGUGGAAGAGGCCAGCAUUUAAUGUGUUUUCUCUUGACUCUGUUGGAACCUGAGGAUAUGCAUUUGUACAAACAAUUCACUAAACAAAACUGCCAUUUUCAUGGUUGUAUGUGCCUGUGCCUGGUUGUAUUUUCUUAUUUGGUUAUGUGGCUUUUUUUUCAAUGUAAUAAUCUUGUGGAGAUACCACUAGUUUAUGGGGUAUUGAUUUAAUUAGGGAGUGGGAGUUGACCAUUAGUGUGGGGGGAAAAAAGCCAAAUUCUGGGACUUGAGUUGUAUUUUGUGAAUUAGCCAUACAUACAACCAUAAAAUCACCUGUUCAUGAUGUUAUUCUUUUCCAGCUUUACUAACCAUAAAGACCCUGCAUUCAAGUCUGAUUGAGGCACAUAUAAUAGAUUUGUUUGGUUUAAAAAAAAAGUGGGUAAAAUGUUUCCAUAGCAGCAUUCAUUGGACUUUGAUACCAUCUUUGCCCUUUGAACAUGUAGCUAACUUUAAGAUAGAAAAGAGGGAGGGGACUCUAGAUAACUAUGUAUUUACUGAACUGAUUUGUCAUGUCCUCAUACAGACAAGCAAUUGAUUAACUGCCAUCUACAAUGCUUUCCUGUUAGCCUGUGAACAGAUCGGUCUCAGAGUUCCUCCAAGGUCUCAGUGACAUUUUGUUUUCUCAACACUGAUGUUUAUCUGCUGCUUAGAGGCUUGUUCAUGUAAUCUGUGGGAAGGGAAAUAUGCCCAGUGUGUUGGUAUAGUUAUAGGAUAACAGCUUAGUCUGCAACAUGAGAAUCAACCACGUGCACUUAGAGAAAACUGGGGGUUUGCUUUGUUCCUUUGUGCCAACAGUUAAAUAUUUGCCAGUUUAGCACCUCGGCUGUUGUCGAUUAGAUGCCACUUAAAAGUUGGCCUCACAUCAGUUUUGGCUUGGGUGUGCAAACUCAGUUUAGAUCUCUGACUUAUCAGUUGGAUGGGGGGUCAUACUCGCUAAACAGAGUGUUAAUGCUAUUGCUUUUAUAACAGUGAAUAGACAAUGUUUGUUCCUUUACAUGAAAAUGUGCAUAAAUUACUGAAGCCAACGGUAUGAAAAUAAUUAUCAUUUGUGCCACAAAGGGAGAAACUUUGAAGGAAACAUGAAAGGAAGUGAGUGAGAGUAAACUGUGCCAUGAUUAAGUCUGGAAGUUAUUUUAAGGUUAAACAGCUGUGCAUCACAGCUGCCCUCACUGCUAUGCUUAAAUGAUUUUUGCUCAUUUCUGUGCUGUGGAAAUUAAGUCCUUAAAUUUAAUUCUGCAGGCUGUAGUUAAAGAAGCGUGACUCAACUAGAUUUUUUUUUCCAACUGUUUAUAGCUUCAAAAGUAAGCCAUAUCUGCCUCAUGGUGGCAAAAGGCUAAAGUGUGAUUAUUCGCUGCAUAUUGAGUACCCUGCAUUUAUGCUUUUGAUCAAAUGUUAAUAUAUAGCAGGGUUAAUGCACAUCAGUUGAUUUUAGAUAUGACUGGAAUGAUCUGUAAUGUGUGCAUCCGGUUUGUUUUUUUGUUUUUUUUUUUAAACACUGGUCAAAUUGUGCUUGGCUCAUUUGUUUUUUUCUAUCAUUUCAAGUUUUGUUUUUGAGUAUCAAGUUCAGUUUGUUCUUCUGCUUUCAUCUUUUGUUAAUUUCAUGUCAAAGUGACAGAAGCACAACUAUGUUUAUGGAAUAAAAUCAUUCAUAUUAUGUUCAGGUA